AUGAACGCUACUAAUAACGGUUCAGCCGACGGCAACACAGCCGGUAUGGCCAACAACCUCCGCGAUUACUUGCGCACAGACCUUGCUGACAACACGCAGUACAGUCAGCAGCAACAACAACAGCAGCAGCAGUUUCAGCAGCAGCUCCAGCAGCAAGCGCUGACGCCUGACUUUUCAGCACUCCUCAUGUCGGCAACAGCAGCAACGCGCUCAACGCCCGGCUCGCCGGCAGCGUUUGCGAGCGGCCUCGGAUUCAACUCAGUGCGCACAUCGCCGGUGAUGGCGCCGUCGCUGCCGCAGUCGCCCAAGAACAACUUUGGCGGGCUAGAUGCGCGGCACAGCUUCACGAACCUGGCGAGCCUGAUGCAACAGCCGUAUGGGCUCGACUCGCUGAGUAAUAGCGCGGCUCCCUCGGCAACAGCGAGCCCGACGUCAGGUGCCUUCAACAGGCGCGGGAUUCUCACGGGCAUGGCCAAUUUGAACAUGUCGCAGCUGCCGCCGACGUCCAUUACCUCUAGCACGGCGUUUAUGGGCAACUUUGGCAGUACUGCUCUGGACCCGAGCAGCACCGGCUUUGGCGCAUCGCCGUUUGCGUCGCCCAGCACAGCGUCGCCUGGAAUCACUGGCAGCGCUGCUAUGGCCGUGUCGGCAGCAACAGCGGCCAUCCCGCGUAUCAACGCAAUGCACCACCAGACGCUGAUUGCAUCACGGCAGCCGCCGCCGCUGACGCCGACUGUCAGCCCGGACUUUUUGCGGAGCGUCGAGGAGGCCAAGGCCAAGGGCCUGCGCAUCGAGGUGGACGGCAUUGCCAGCGAGAACGCCAAAUCACGUGUCGAAACGCAGAUAAAGAUCACGCUGCGUCUUGUGACUGAAGGCGGCGAGCGCGUCAACUGCUGGUCGCACCUGGCGCUGCCCGAGAUGCUCGUGUCGCGCGAAAAGUUCCGGCACCGGCUGCACAAGAAUCCGCACUCGGAGUCGUCGAUGCCCGUGUCGGACCAGCAUGUGGUCAGCCUCGAGGCCAAAAUCAUAUGCUCUAGCGACCCAACGCGCAAGGUCGAGACGUGCAUUGGGUGCAUUCGCCGCGAGUACAAGCGCUCGCUGCGACGCAAGGACAACCGGCUGCGCAGUGCGGCGCCGAGCACGUGCACAACGCCAGCCCAGAGUCGGCCGGGUUCGCCAACAGGCGAAGGGUCGAGUGGACGGCCGAUGACAGGCACCAUGGAGAUGGAUUGGGACGACCGACGCAUUGCGGUGGAGAAGCAGCGUAUUGUGAUCUUCAACUGCAACGAUCUGCUCGAGUUCAGCAAGGGCGAGGUGAUCCUGCCGACGCGCAUCACCUGCUACUGCCGGCACCACAACGAAAAGGUUGGUUUCUGCAUCUGCUUCACGCUCAAGGACGCCCAGGGCAAGGUACUGGCCACACACAUGACGGCACCGAUCAUGAUUACCGACGACCACAAAUCAACAAAGUUCAAGACUGACCGCAAGACGCGCGGCCGUGCCGAGUACGACCGCCACGGCGACGGCAACGCUGCAUAUGCCAACCAUGCGCUGGCCGGGGUCUCCGGCAGCAGCGCCAAUCUGCACAUGGUCGACCCGUCCAGCGGUGGCCUGCCGGGGCGCCAAGCGAUGUCGGCGCGUAACUCGCCGACGAUGCGGCCAUUCCACCACCACCCUUUGCUCGACACGUAUUCGCAGUUCGCUUCGCUUGCGGGCACUCCCAGCAUUGGCAACACGCCUCUGGGCUCGCCGAUGCUGUCGGCUGCGAGUCUAACUGGCUUCGACUCGUCGUUCAAUCUGCCACAGUCGGCAACCACGUCAAUGUUUGGCAAUCUGGGCGGAUCUCCCAGUACCGCACACGCGUCGCCCCAGACGCUCCUGCCUAUGGGCCAGCAACAGCAGCAACAGCGGCGACAGCAGCAGCAACAACAACAGCAGGCGAACAAUCUGUCGCUGCUGUCGGGCCAGAACGCGCUAUUCCAGGGCAUGGGCAGUACGGCUGCAGGCACGACGUCAUUGAUGACGCAGCUGAGCGGCAGCGGGCAGAUGGAGCCCAUCCAGAUCAGUCAGCUGAUGCCAGCGCAGGGGCCUGUCGCCGGUGGCGCAAAUAUCCUGAUUACUGGGCACGGAUUCCACCCCAACAUCGCGGUUUAUUUCGGAACAGGGCGUGCGAGCCGGCUGCAGGUGCUGUCGUCAUCAAAUCUGACCUGCGUUCUGCCCCCCACCAAUGCCUCGGGGCCGGUGCCGGUUCUGGUCAGGGAUCUGCUGACGAUGAAUGUCUACGAGGCUAGCGGUCUGAUCACGUCCGAGCAGCAGCAGCAGCAGCAGGUGCCGCAGGUGGGGCAGCCGGGCGUGUUCAAGUACGUCGAGGACACCGACCAGGCGAUGCUUGAGCUCGCAUUGCAGGUGGUUGGCCUGCGGCAGGGCAACCAGCUCGGCAAGGACGACGGCAUGCGGCUUGGUUCUCUGUCGGCGCAGGUGAGCCCGAUCAUGCAGAACAAGAGCGCCAGUUCGUCGCGCAUGUCGAGUCCCAGCGGCAACAGCAACCACUCGCCAUCGCACGCCUCGCAACAGCAGCAGCCAACGACACCCAAUAAGGUCCUGCAGGACCAGAUUGUACUGACGACGCUGCGCGCACUGCGCCUGGCCAGCGAGCAGCGCAACCUGGUCGAGAUUGAGAGCAACCUGGUGAAGCUGUUUAUGACACUGAUCAACAAGGGCCAGCUGGAGCCGAGCCGGCUGUCGAUGAAGCACGACACGAGCGGCCGCACGCUGCUGCACUUCUCGGCGCUGCUGGGCAUGCUGACGCUGCUGACGUUCCUAGCGACGCACGGUGUGCUACUGGACGAGACCGACAACAGCGAGCUGACAGCGCUGCACUUUGCCAGCAUGUUUGGGCGAACCGAGAUUGUCGAGGUGCUUCUGAAUUCGGGCGCCUCAACGACGAUCCGGAGCGGCCUGGGGCAUUCUGCCGUCGAUCUUGCGCGUGAAGCCGGGCACGUCGCCAUUCUGAACCUAUUCGAGGAGCGCGACGGAUACAUGAGCUUUAUCAAGGAUGAUCCGAUCGAGUCGGCGGCGGAGAGCGCCCAGCUCGGCCUGCUCCCGCAGGUCACCAUUGGCGCGGGCUUUUCCGUCAAUGCCGACGGCUCGAUCUCGCAGGGCAGCGGAGGAUUCAGCGGGCUGACGAUGGCAUCGAUUCCCCCCAGCCUGUUCUCCGGCGCGUCCAUGGCCAACAACCCCGCCCUGAUGUUUUCCCAGGCACUGCCGCAGGCAUCGUCAUCGGCCCAGCCAAUGACUCUCGCUACAUCCGCAGCUGAUUUCGCCCAGCAGCAGCAGCAGCAGCAGCAGCAGCGGCAGUGA